GAGCAAAAUCUAUUUAAAUUUAGAAUAAAAGACUUAAAUUAUAAAAUGCACAUUAUUAUAAAAGUUUUAAAAGGACAAGAUUGCCCGUUAGAGGUGAAUGAGGCUACUACCAUUUUGGAUAUAAAAAAACAGAUAGAAAAAAUUUUAAAAAUCCCUAUAGGAAACCAAAAAUUGUUGCUAGUGGGUAGAACUUUAAGCGAUGAAUGUAGUGUAUCUUUCUAUCCCAGUAUAAAAGACGGAUCGAAGCUUAAUUUAAUUGUUAUGCGUCCUGAGGGUCUUCGUGAAAUAAUAAGCCGCUCGUUCAGAAAGUUUUUUACAGAGCAACAGUCUGAACUUUUAACUAAAAAAUUCAUGGAAGAUUUUGAAAAAAAGAUGACAACAUAUAGUUUAGAUGACAUUGAGCGUUUGGCUAAUAACUUAUAAUUAAUUGUAUAUUAUAUAAGACAAAUUUAUUUUUGUACAUCAUGUUAAACUUUAUAUAAAAUAUUAUCCGAUCAACCGAAUAUGGAUAUAUGUUCCUUAUAUUAUUCUUUCAAUAGUACUUCAAAGAAAUCUUCAAGUCUAAAAUUUUAUUUGUAAAAAUUCAAACAAAUAUGAUGU